AUGAGUUCGCGUGGUAAUAGUGGGGGGUCGAUCAUUUCUGGCUCUUCAACCGAAUUUUCACGUAUUGAAGCCGACAAAGAAAACAUUCAGCCUUUAAAGCAGGGCCGUUCUGCCAAUAAUUUGGUGAAAGCCUUAUCUUUGAACAAGGAAACACGCAAAGAAAUUCUUGCUAGGGAAAGAGAUCAAUUCGAAGCAUCUCUCGAUCCCGCUCAGCUUGAAGACCUAGAUGAUCCAUUAGAGCCUUACCUAAAGUACUUGGAUUGGAUUCACACUCAUUACCCUUCUGGGGCUAACACAGAAUCAGGACUAAUUCAGCUGCUCGAAAGAAUAACACACGAUUUCAAAGACGAUGACUACUACAAAAACGAGGUGCGAUAUUUCAAGGUUUGGCUGGAGUAUGUGAAGUUCAGCGAUAACCCACGAGACAUAUUCCAUUAUCUUUACAAGAAGAAGAUUGGUCUAUCUCUUUCGCUGUUGUACGAGAGCUUUGCAAACUUCAUGGAGUUUGAACAGGAUUUCAAAAAGGCAGAGGAGUUGUACCAAGCAGGCAUUGACGCAAAAGCCAGGCCCCUCAAUAGGCUGAUCCGUGCCUACGAAAAUUUCAAGAUCAGAAGAGCCCAAUCCUCCCAAGUUCAGAAGAGGCAGGGAUUAGGUGUUUUGCAUAAUCCAUCCGGCGGAGGGUUGGAAACGGUGGCAAAACGAGGGUCUCUUCACAGCUCUAAAACAUUUGCUGUUUAUAAUGAUUCGGAGUCAAAACCCUCGUCAGCCAGUGAGGGAAUAUGGCAGCAUCUUGAUACGAUAGACAAUUCGAGGAAGGAAAAUGUGAUACGUCCAGCAUCUUGGUCAGGGGAAAAGCUCAUACAACAAGGGGUGCUCAAGUCGAAUGAGCCUAAAUUUGAGGUAUUUCGAGACAGCGAAUUGCGCUUUCCUGUCACCAAAAUUAUACACAACCCAGGAAAACGCACUGAGAAGUUCGAUUUCAACCUUGAUUUAUUAUAUUCCGAUGGAGAGGACGAAAGAAGUCUUAUGGAAGUGUUGCUUCUCAGCCGUGGCGUGUACUAUUUAGCAAAAAAGCGAAAAUCGGAGCGCACACUAGAAACACCCUCAAAGAAACACACACUUUCAGUGGAUGCUGAGAAUGAAACCAAAUUGCUUAAUUCUCCGACGCUUACAUUUUAUUCACGCCAGUCCAUGAAAGAGGUUCUUCAGAUGCUCAAUCAGCCAUUGAAAGAGACUAAAGUCAACGACGAGGAACCUCCAUUGGACGAAGGGCUCAGCGAAUUUAUUACAGAAACCAUUACAAAUCAUCCACCUGCUACGCCAAAAAAAUCCACAAAUGAGGAUACUGGUGCAAUGAGCUCCCCAUUUUUGGAGGAGCCUAUUCACUCCGAGCCUGGAAACAGCGAUGUUCUGAUCAACCCCUUUGACAACAAUUUGCAGAAAAAUCUAUUGUACAAGCAGUCGUCGCAUCUCUCGAAGUAUGAAGAUUACCACCAGUCGACCUCCAAACGCGACAAAUUUAAUACUCUCAAAAGUUUGCUUAAACCACACGCUGCUCCAAUAAUGGGAAGCCGUCAGUUAAUGCUUGAAUUUCGAGGCGAAACGUUCUGUUUCACGAAACAGCUAGGAAACUUGGAUAAAGCAGGUACAUAUUUAAGCGAGAAAUCAGACGGAACAGCUGCAGCGAUAAAAGUCCGUUCACCUCCAAUAGAUUGGGAGUAUUAUAUACUCAAGCAACUGGAAGUUAGAGCGCCUGGAAACUUCAUCAGAGUUAUUGACUUCUAUAAAUUCGAGGACGAGUCAUAUCUUAUACUGCCAUACAUGAAACACGGAACCCUCUUGGAUUUGAUCCAGCUGACAUCGCAACCAAAGUCAAUCAAACUGGAAGAAUCCAUGGUUAUUUACGUCACUGCGCAGCUGCUGAAGCAAACAUAUAUUCUGCACUCGAUAAGAAUAGUCCAUGCCAACCUCAAGGCGGAGAACUGUAUUUUGAAUCUGACUCCAAACACAAAGCCCGGCUACCACGACUUGAAACUUAUUGAUUUCGAAAACUCAAUCGAUCUAUCGCUGUUUCCAGAGAAUGUUCGUUUCUCUGCUCAGUUAUCUGCUGGUACCUAUCCUCCAGAUGAAACUUGGAACUCUUGGAGGCACGAGCCUGAUUAUUAUGGAUUGGCAAACAUUGUCCAUAUGCUAUUAUUUGGCAAAGCAUUGGGGGUUCUCAAAACCAGCUCAAAUAACUAUAAGAUACGCGAGAACAUGCCAAGCUACUGGCAGAGAGAAUUAUGGAGCGAGCUUUUCAAAAUUUUGCUAAACACACAAAAUUUAGAAUGCGAGCAAGGAGCUCCUCUCAAGUUGCUAGCAACGAAGUUUGAGAAUUGGGUUAAUCUUAACUGGUCAUCCUGUGGUCUUGCUAAACAAAUAGCAAAGAUCACAGACUUUAUGGACGACCAAAGGAAGAGGAAUAAAAUAUAA